GCCAGAUCAACUGGCACAGGACCAACACUGGACAACUUGUCCUGAACAAAAUACAGGGCUGAGAUUAUCCAGAUCCAAUAAUAAUGUUAUUGUUACUGUGGCACGCUCCCUGCCACUGGGUGACAGCAACAGGCUAUAAAACAAUGAGAGAGCAUGAUAAGAAGCUGCACCGACUGAAAAAUCACAGGAACCGAAGUGAGUCAUCCUCAUGUGCAAGAAGUUCAGGGUGCAGAUGGAAGAUGCUGCUGAUGCUGGCGUCUUUGCUGUGGUGUGUCCCUGCAGCCAAGGCCUGUCUGCAGUGUGACCGCAAGAUCAGGCUCCUACAUGAGGACUUAGUCCUGUCCGCUCCCACUGUGGACGACCAGAUUGAAAUGAAAAAGAUUUGUGACCACGCUUAUGUGACCUACAAAGAGACCAGCAGGGAACUAAAGGGAGUCAUUGAUCCCACCACUUUGUACAGAGCCAGAACUGAGUACCAGAGUGAAUUUGACCGCUUUCUGAAAACCCAGCACACUGGCUCUGUAACAUUUGAAGCCAUACAGAUCAUGGAGAAGGGGAGGAAGAUCUUAGAAAAACACUUGGACGCCUUCAUCCGUGAUGGAUUAUGCCCCAACAAGUGUGGGCUUCUGAAUCGAAGAGUAAUGGAUUGCUUCUCUUGCCGCUACAAGACAUACACCUGUCUCUCUCCGUCUGGCAAGCAGGACUGCGGUGAAUACCCAGUGCAGGCUGAGGAGGGAGGCCAAGCAGUGUUGAAUUGUUUUCUUCCAUGGCAUCGUCUUCUGUUGGGAAAACCAGAAUACCACUACUCCUGGGCCCCAGGAGUGCCGGGAACUAAAAAGCUGGAUGAGAGUGACUUCAAAGCCUUGGUAGUGACAGACGACUCGGCUGCGGUGCUAAAUCAGCUGCAUGUGGAUGAACAAGGGAUAUAUCGCUGCUCUCUGCGGGGCCGAAAUGGAACCAUCUUCUACCGAGUCACUUUCCUGCUCACCGUCGACCCUUUGCCUGACCGAACUCACCGACCCCUCGUCACCCUGCCCUCUCCGCCUCAUGGAGACGAAUACUCACCUUUUCAGCCUACGGAGGGCCUGCUGGUGCCAGUCAUCGCCAUGGUUACGGCUCUGAGUCUGGCAGCGAGCGUAGGCCUCACAGUUGUCCUGGGGAUGAUGAAUCAGCGGAGAGCACCGUAGGAGCCGAGAAGGAGGAGGAAGGUGGAAAAAAAACGAAGAAAAUGAAGACACUGUAUACAGUAAAUACACACCUUAAUGACAGG